AUGUUUUUAACCAUUGCUCUUAUAUCUAUUGUUGUAUGUCUUAUUGCUGUCUAUGUAUGGACAACUAACAAUUGUUAUGAUUAUUUCAAACGUCUCGACAUAUCAGGGCCACCACAUCAUUUCUUUUUUGGUCAUUAUAAGAUGUUAUGGUCUACAAAAUCAGUUUCAAAACAAUUACAAGAAUGGACUCGUCAAUAUGGUUCUAUUUAUGGAUUAUUCGUGGGUACAACACCGAUGUAUGUUGUUUCGGAUGUUGAUUUUCUUCAAGAAGUUUAUAUAAAACAAUUCUCAUCAUUUCAUUCACGUAUUAUAGCAAGAGUUUUACGUAUACAAAGCUCGGGAAGAGUUAAUCUGUUUCGAGCUAUUGGAGCAAGUUGGCGUCGUCAACGACAUGUUAUUAAUCCAACAUUUUCAUCUGCUAAACUUAAAUUAAUGUCUCCACUAGUAAAUGGAUGUAUCGAAGCUAUGUUAAACAAGGUAUCACAAAUAACACAUAAUGAACAUACAGAAAUCAACAUUUAUGAGUUGUACAAACGAUUGACUAUGGAUGUUAUUUGUCGAUGUGCAUUUGGUAUUGAUACUGAUAUGCAAAAUGAUAUAGAUAAUCCAUAUUUACAAAAAUCUGCUGCAUUUUUUAAGAUAGAUAUUGAUGAAUUACUAAUUGUCCGAUUGAGCAACUUAGUGCCUAUUCUAGCACUGCCUCUAUAUUAUGUUUUCUCUGGUAUGGCAAAUAUCCGUAACAAGCUAAUGAAAUUAAUGCCAUUUUUGAGUAAUUAUCUUGAAGAAUUGCCAGGUUCAUGGUUGAUGAAUCGUGUUCAAGAUGUAGUGGACCUUCGAAAGAAAUCUUCAUCUAAUUUGAAAAAGCGUGUAGAUUUAUUACAACUUAUGAUGGAUGCUACGACUAGUGAGAAUGUUAUAGAUGAUGUUGAUAAUCAUUCAAUGUCAAAAGUAUUACGAUCCAAUGAACUAAUACCGAAUAUUUUUCUGUUCAUGGUAGCUGGUUAUGAAACAACAUCAACAGCACUUGCUUAUUCGACAUAUGUACUAGCUACUAGACCAGAAAUUCAAGAUAAACUUAUUGAAGAAAUUAAUGACAAUAAUUGGGAUAAUAAUAAUGUAGAAGAGAACUACGAGAAAGCUAAUAAUCUUUCCUAUCUAGACUUUUUUGUACGUGAAGUUCUCCGAAUGUAUCCUAUUACUGUUAAAGCAAUGACACGUGAAUGCAAUACAACUACAACUAUUUGUGGUCAUAAGAUCGAGAAAGGUACUAUUAUUCAACCAGAUGUAUUGUCUAUUCAUUACAAUCUAGCUUUGUGGGGUCCUGAAGAUCCAAAUCUUUUUAUACCAGAAAGACAUGCAGUAAAACGUCAUCCUGUUGCAUGGAUGCCAUUUGGUGUUGGUCCAAGAAAUUGCAUUGGUAUGAGAUUUGCACUAAUGGAAUUGAAAAUGUGCUUAAUUCAAUUACUUCGACAAUAUCGAAUAUUACCUGGUGAUAAGAUUGAAGAAGGUUUCAAACGCCAAGAAAGAAUUGUUAUUCAACCUGAUGCUAUUUUUGUAAAAAUAGAAAAACGCUUACCUUCACUAUAG